AUGGGGCAGAGGCAUAAUCGACGCCGCAGUCGUCCUACACGCAACCAAAAGUCGUCUUCAAUCUAUCAAUGCCAGCUUUCUAGCCCUACAACUCCACGCUCGAACCCAUCAUCUGCUAGCUCAUUUCUUCCACUGAGCUUGUCAGUGACAAUACCUGCCCCUACCUGGCACUAUGGGUGUUCGACAAGCCAAUGUGAACCUACAGCAGCAGAGCAAUGCCGUCUUUUCGGCGGCGAGCCAGGCGACGAUGUGAAUCUGUGUUACCGCAUGCUAGAAGUAUUCGGGGGACUUGACUACAUCGAUCCUACAUCAGAAAGCACUCUCGGGGAUUGA